AUGGAGGCAGAACUGCACAGAGCUGGCAAGAAACGAAAGUUGCAAGGAAUCCAGCAGCGCCUUGCCCAUGCUGAAGCAUCGACAACCGCAAACAGUGCAGUGCAUGCAUUACUUAUGACAUUGCUUGCCAAAGGCAUAAUGUCAGGAGUUUUGGCCCAUGAAUUUGCUCGUGCUGCACAAGAGGAUCUGCGAAGAGCUCGCGAAGGCAUUGUGUACCCAGACUUGGAGAAAUUAGCCAAUCUGGCCCAAGGUCGAAAUCUUCUUCGAUCAGUCUUUGCACAGUUGAGGAAAUCGACCUCUUUGCCUGAGCCCACGAAGAUUCCAAUGCCGUAUACAGAUGGUUGGCAAGACACGGCAAGUGGCCGACCCGCGAUUGGCGGGGGCUGCCAUACGACAAAGCUUCAAAGGAAGGUCAACGUGGAGGAACACCUCUGGCACGUGGCUUUCGGGCCGUUCUGCUCCAAUUGUGUGGAGACUUAG